AUGGAGGUGGGCAAUUACUCUGCUGUGACUGAAUUCCUUUUGGUGGGACUUUCCCAAUACCCAAAACUAAGGCUUUCUCUGAGCCUGCUCUGCCUCAUCAUGUACCUGAUAAUUCUCUUGGGAAACAGCUUGCUCAUUGUCAUCAUCAUCCUGGACUCCCGACUCCACACCCCUAUGUACUUUUUCCUUGGGAACCUCUCAUUCUUGGACAUCUGUUACACAACAUCGUGGAUCCCUUUGAUGCUUGUCAUGUUUCUGUCUGAGAGAAAAACCAUCUCUUUCAUUGGCUGUGCCCUGGAGAUGGUUAUCUCACUUUCUUUGGGCUCCACAGAAUGUGUCCUUGCUAUGAUGGCCUAUGACAGGUACAUGGCCAUCUGCAACCCACUGAGAUACCCCAUCAUCAUGAACCGGAUACUCUGUGGGCACAUGGCCGCCUGGUCCUGGAUCAUAGGCACUUUAAUUGCCUUAGUGCAAACAACCAUGACGAUGGUGUUGCCUUUCUGUGGGAAUGUCAUUGACCAUCUCACCUGUGAGGUCCUGGCUCUCCUUAAACUUGUCUGCUCAGAUAUCACCAUCAAUGUGCUCAUCAUGACACUGGCAAGUGUUGUUUUAUUGAUGCUUCCUCUGCUGUUAAUUUUUAUCUCUUAUGUUUUUAUUCUCUCCUCCAUACUGAGAAUUAAUUCAGCUGAGGGCAGAAAGAAGGCCUUUUCUACCUGUUCGGCUCACCUGACUGUGGUCAUCUUAUUCUAUGGUUCAGCCCUUUUUAUGUACAUGAAGCCCAAGUCAAAAGACACAAAGACCUCUGAUGAGAUCAUUGUGUUGUCUUAUGGAGUGGUGUCCCCAAUGUUAAACCCCAUCAUCUACAGCCUGAGGAAUAAGGAGGUAAAAGAGGCUGUGAAGAAAGUCCUAAGCACCCAUCUACAUCUAUGGAAAACAUAAGAAGCCUUGAGAUCUGUGCUAUUCUCACUGAGGGACAAAAUGAGUUCUUUUGCAUUCAUAAAAGAAGUCAUGGAACCAAGUGUCAAGGGAGAUUGUAAUGAUGUUGGAUUUUUCAUGACUACACUCUGUGCUCCAUCUCAGAUUAUUAUUAUUUUGAAUCACUGA